AUGGCGUCGUCGCCGUUGUCGGCGCCGGAGGAGGAACGGAGCCACAGCGACGCCGAGGAGAACGGCGGCGGCGGUGGCCUACCCGAGGACCAGGUGUUCGAGCUCCUCACGCGCGUGCCGCUCGACGACCUCCCUGCGUGCCGCAUGGUGUCGACGCGGUGGCGCAGGCUCACCUACGAGCCGGCGUUCGCGCCGCUGCACUGCCGCCGCGCCGCCGCCGUGUCGGGUUACCUCGUCCAGAGCAUGACCCACAACCUCUACCACGCCGACUUCGUCUCCAUGCACGGCUCUCCGACGCCGAAGGCGAUCUCGCUCGACUUCCUGCCGUCCGCGCACGUCCGCGUGGAGGCCGUGUCCGCCCACCGGGGCCUCGCGUGCUGCGUCGAGGCCGACACGGCGCGGCCGCCCUGCUACUACGUGUGCAAGCCGGCCACGCGGCAGUGGCGGGCGCUGCCGAGCCCGCGGGUGCGGUUCCGCACGGCCGCGGUCGCCAUGGUGGCCCGGCCCUCGCCUUCCGCCUCCAGCACCGCGGCGGAGUUCAAGGUCGUCCGGUUCUCGGUCCCGGCGCUGCGGGACCGGCUGCGCUGCGAGGUGUUCGACUCGCGGCGGUUCGCGUGGCGCCGCGCCCCGGACGUGCCGCUCUGCCCGGUCUCGCUCUUCCGCCCCGCGGCGCCCGCCGUGCGCGCGCACGGCGCCAUGCACUGGCUCCGCUGGCCCGACCGCCUCACGGGCGCGCAGGACGUGUUCGCGUUCGACGUCAGGGCCGAGGCGUGGCGGCUCAUCCCGCUGCCAAGGGACGUGGACGAGAUGGACGACCCGUGGGCGCGCAAGCGGAUCGCCGCCGUGGAAGGGAGGCUGUGCUUGCUGGUGCUCACGGACGCCGCUGUGGACGAGGAGGUGCUGGAGGUGUGGGAGAUGGCGAACUAUGGAGAAGGGAGAUGGAGGAAGAAGAUGACGGUGAGCUUGAAGAGCCUCCACGCGAAGGAAGGGCCGGCGGUGAUCCUCAGUGACCUCCACUCCUCCGAUGUCGCCUUCUUGCAUAGCUUCUGCAGAGUCAUGUGGUAUGAUUUACGGAAGGGAAAGAUGGCUGAAGUCCAAGUGAAGCACGUAUGCAUACAAGAAAUUUUCAAGUACGAAUCGGACUUGAUUCCCUGCGACAUAGGUAGAGCAUGCCGGUCGCUAGAUCGAAACUGCGUGUUCUGA